ACUUAAAUGGCUCACCUGCACAUUUGUUAACAUGCAGUCACAUUAAAACAAGCAAAUAUUGCUUCAAUCCACUCUAACUAACAACGAGGUCAUUUUAAAGUCACCAGUGUUUGUAUGCUGUUGACUGAGUGUGGUGUAAUUUUUACAGCUUUAAAUUAAGUGUAAAUGAAACAUUAUUCAGAGACUUUCCUGCCUUAUCCCCGAAGAAAAGGUUGUUGCAGGCGAUACUGUGUCAGGCUUGUGGUUGGUGACACUAUUGAAUGUAAUUAAAAACUAAUCUGGAGCCCAGCCCAGCAGAGCGUGUUAACAGAAUUGACUAAUAUGCCCACAGGGGCAUCUCAUGUUGUAGCAAAGUCUUCACCUGCAGUCUGCAGUGGCCUCGCAUAACUAGAACUGUUACCUGUACGAUGGAUAGAAAACAGAUUGUUGGCAUAAACAGGAUAAGCUUCAUGUACAAACCUCAUCAUAUAAUACAUCUGCAGUACAGUAGAUACACUACAUGACUAAAAGUAGGUGUGGACAUCCAGUUGUUUCACCGUCACUGCGCUGUUUAACUUGAGCUUUAACUUAUCUGCUCUAACAGACUCCACUGUUCUGCUUUCAGGCUUUCCACCUUGUUUCAGAGCUUGGCUGCAAAAGCGUUAGUGAAAUCGCCUGCUGACGCUGGUUUUCUGUCACAUUUCCAGUUCACCCCAAAGGUGUCGGACAGAGUUGAGGUCACAAAAGGUCAGCAUGUCUAAAAUACAUUUUAUGCUGCAGUGUUAAACCUGCAAUUUGGCCACUUGAGGUCAAUGGAAACAAGCUGCAAGCACAGCAAGACUGUCACCUCCUGAGUUGAAAUGGCAACUCGCUGGCCAACAGAUGCCUGUUCAGACACCCAGAGGAAUGUCAAUCAUUUGGAGCCUUUGUGGUGUUUUUGACUGCCUGGUGACUCCGACAUUGCUUCUCUUUUUUUGCUAGAUUUGAAUGAUUUAUCUGAAUUCUGUACUAGCUACUCACUCUGGGGUAGGUAGCAGCACAUAAAGGCAAUUUUAUAAGGGAGACAUUUGAAAUCUAUAGAAAUUUAUGGAACAGCUACGUAAUAUCAAAGAUUGCAGUUUUAUGACACUUGUUCUGCUUUUCCCCCAUGAAAGCCAAUCACCUGCUCUGUUAUAGAUAAACUGGGAGACAUCCAGCCAAUCACAUUGCAGCACUGACCCUACUGUAGCAUCAUGAAGUAGCAGAAGUUUCAUCUGCAGGGAAAAACACUUUUUAAGCCUUAUUUGGAGCCAAACUUAUUGAACUUAGUGUAGUUUUUUAAAAUUACACUUGACUGGUGAUUCUAUACAUGCAGUCUUUAUGUGUGGAUGACUAUUGAAAUUGCAGUUAUAACUCUCUCCCUAUUCAUUUGUACAGGAACAGGGGUCUUGUUAACUCAGGAUAACUGCACAGAAAGUGUUACCAAGAUGACUAUUGAGCAGUGAGACUUGCCUAUAAGGACUUCGGCCGGUCUACCAUGGUCUGUUCUGGAAUAUUUUUUCUUGAGAAAACUUGAGAAUGGGGAGUGUGAGGCACCACUGGAGCAACAGUGAAGGCUGAGUUCUGAAAUCUGUUAUUCCUAUGAAUAAUAUAUGUGUGUAGCAUAGUUGGGCUUAGGACUUUGUACUUUAGUACAGUUUCUAGGUAUUUAUACUGUACUUGGAUAUUUCCUGCUACUUCAUAUCCUCUUAAAUUUCUUUCAUAUGAAAAUAUACUUUUACCUGUGCUGCAUUUAUAUAAUGGCUUCAUUUUAAAAAAAAGAUGAAUAUUUAAUGGUUAAUGAAUGAUUUAAAAAAUACAAUGGCUGUUGAUUAAUGGUGUAUUUACGGUUUAAAACAGGACAUUUUGUGUCAUUUUAUGGCAUAUCUGUAGUAUAAAAAGUGUAAAUGUUGAAUAUAUCCAUAAAAUAACCAGUAAGUACAGUCAAAAGAAUAAUUACUAAUUUAGUAAUAAUUACUAACCCCUUACCCUAUUAUUAAAACACAAAAAUACUCAGUUAACAAUGUGUCCAUGGUAAUAAAUAGAAAUACAAGACAAAAGAAAAAAAGUGAUUUUCUGUAUUGAUGGUGUUUGUAGUUUAAAAAUAACACUUUGUGUUACUUAAAUAGAUCCAUAAAUUAACAGAAAAAGAACUGGCUGUUUAUUACCUGGACUUGUUUUUGUAAUAAUUUUUUUUCAGUUAAUUAAUGGUUCACCUAUUGGUAAAUUUAAAAAGUUGCAAUCCCAACUACUGAUGGUAUUGCUAUUGGAAAAUGUAGAGAAAGAAAAUACACAGUGCAAAAUUUGUUUUGCAAUAUACAGUCAUACAACUGUUAAUACACAGAAAUUUCUUAGAGUGUGGCUCCAUGCUUCUAGUAAAAGACACAUGAAUGCAUCAGUAAUUAUAAUCCAGUAAAAUGAGGCAUUCUUCAUAAUAGGCACUUGAGGUUUUUGCUGCUAUAGGUAUAUUUUUUAUUAUGUUAGUCCAGGAUGACACUCGAGUGCAGUCCUGUGGGCUGUAAUGUGGAAACCCAGUAAAAAUGAAGUCAAAUCUACCUGUGGGGAAACAUGGUGUCGCUGCGCUGCUUUUAAUGAUGCAACGUGGAAUUGUUUUGACAAGUUUUGGGUUUAUAUGGUAGCAGCAUGCAGAACUGUAGAGUCCCACAGAGCAUUCCUGGUGAUGACAAACAGAUCUAAUUAGAUUUCAGUUCAUUGUGAUCCGAGCUGUGCCUCCCUGGUAGAUCAGCUGCAAUAAUCUCCUCUAUGGAGAACACAGGAUAUUAAGCAAAGGCUACUUGUGCUGCAAAACACCAAACCCAGAGAUACUGCAGCUUCGACGGGCAACGUGGAAGAAGCACAUUAUGAAUAUGAACUAAUACUAAAGAGGCUAGCUUGAGGAGAGCUUCAGUCCUCCUUCAUUGCUGCUGUUCUUUUCCUGAGCUGUGUUCGCUGCAGCACAAAAACAUCCUUAAGGUUGAGCUACUUGAAAAUCUGUUUUCACACUUGGCGCACUGGCCCUCCAGGAUUUCACAUAACGGUGUAGUGAUGUUUCAAUCCGGUGCACUCAGAGGCCAUUGAAAUCACUUGACUUUAUUUUGGUGUUGAUAAAAACGCGUGGGAAGACCUUUUGGCCUGUGAAUGAAUGCCUGUUGCUAGUGCUCAUUGAAAUGUGGUGUGAGGCGGCCAGGCCUGCAGCUUGACAUAUUCGUCUUUUUCAGUUUUUUGCUAUUUUUUAGCAUUUGUUCUCUCCUGUAGCAACACUGUAUACAAAAGAGUGGGAUUAUUAAGCGAUUAAUCAGGUCGUGUUUUUAGCAGCAUAACAAGAUUUACUGUGGCUAUACUCUCCUUGUCAGCGGAUAGCAGCAGAACACAUUGCCUCCCACUGGCAAUAAAAGAUCCCAUAAUUUAUGUUGUGUUUGCAGUGGGACACUUUGACCACCUUCUUUAUUUGGAAAAGGUUUGGUUUCAGAUUUACGAACAGAGACGACCUGUAAAAAAGCAUUGGAUAUUGAUAACGUCAAAUCUACAGAUACUGUGUUUUCUGCAUUUACAUAGAUAUUAUAGAUAUUUAAAAUGAUAUCUGUGAAAUUUCAGACUGAUAUAUCAAGUGCUCUCUACGAUUAUUUAAAAACAAAAAAAGAUCCCAUUCUCUGUUCUAUUCUGAAUCAAUGACAUGAUGAGAAGAUAAUUUCUGGCUUUUAUCUUUGUUAGUUUCUGAGAUAUUGUCAUUCAAACAUAACCUCAAAUUUCAAUGUGCAAAAAAAAAUGUGCUAAAAGUGGAUCAACAGACAUUUAUUGAAAAUAAAGUAAAUUAAGAAUGCAUUUAAUAUAUCAAGCUAAAAUUUCACAGCUAUCCUUAUAAAAUAUCUAUAUUUCAUGGAAAUCAGAGAUGAUCAAUUGCAAAUUGUUCUAAAAAUAUUGGUGAUUUGAGAUUAAAUGACGCAAUCUAAUUUAAACCAUAAAGUGAACAGUUGGAAGAAAAAAGCAAAACUUUGAAUAACUAUGCUGGAUUUUUUAAAUCAAUUUUGUGGUUUGCCACACACGUGCUCCAAGACAAAACAAACAAAAAACUAGAAAACAAGAUAUCAGUUUCUAUGUCACCCUGGUGUGGAUAAAGGUUUCAGCCUGACCACCCUUAUUAAAACGAUCUGUCACAUCUGGGCAUCUGCUACAAACUACAGGUGUGUAGUUGAGAUCAAAAUGAAGGCCGGGUCAGAAUGUGGGUGAAGUCUGACUCAUUAGAAUGUCAGCAUGUUAUUGGACAUGACAUUUUGUGUUUUUUUUUUCUGCAUCAUUUUGCACACCCCCAUGCCAAACAACAUCAAAUAUCAACUCACAAUAAGGCUAUCACACACAAUCACAUUUUGAAACAGCUAGAGUUUUUUGCACACCCUUCUGGCUAUAGAUCACAUGGGAGCUACAAAGGACCCCACUUUUGGACUUUUGGGGUAGUGGAGGUGUACUGUAUAAGGCCUUUACAGCAGACUUAAGAGGAUUUAUAGCUGCAAAACGUGUGAAUAUUACUCUGCAAGCGGAUUAGACUGAUUCAUCAGAUCUGGAAACAGUUCACCUAUUUUGCCAAACUUCUCUCUUGUCGUGUGUUAAAUUGUGAUGUAGAAUAGACAGGUUUUGCGUUGUUCUGGGUGUGAUGCCAUUUCAAGCUAGCACUGAAGACAAAAUGCAGCUGAGGUUGGUUGGAAUAAUUGAGAGUUUUCUCAUACUGAGAAAAAACAAAUUGAAAUGUUGGACUGACUGGUUUUGUCUUUGCAAAGCCAGCUGGAUACAUCUUCUUGGGAACAUGAAUAUCUGUGCAAACCUUCAUGACAGAUCAUCAAAUAGUUUGGAUAAUUCAAUCUGCCACAAGUGGUGGAUGCUGCCCAUAGAGUCUCACCUGUAGUCUGGCAAAACAUACAAUUACCAUCCCUUUGUCUCUGCUUGCUACUUAGAAAGAAGAUAAACUUCCCUUAAACUUUCUUUAAACAAACCAUAGAGCUUUGGGUAACUGUGCACUUUAUAAAAGAAGAUAUGGAACAGCUCCUCCAUACAUUCUCUGCUUCCUUCUGUGCUUUUGAGGAAAACGAGCGUUUGCUUCUCUGUGUUGUCUGUCUGUGCAGCCGAGAGUAGCAGCGGCGUCUCAGCCCUUCUUUAGAUCAGAAAGUCAUGAUUCAGCCUUUGGAGUAUGUAACUGUGUCACUAGUAGUAUUGCCAGUAAAUGAGCUCAGCCGGUGCUGUCGCCAGUAACUGGUGGUCCUGCUAAGAAAGGCUUUGUGACUUUGCCCCGGGGACUCGUGCUCAUGCUGUGUUCCACUGUCAGAAGCCAUUCUGUCUCAUUCGCUCUCUGUCUCCAUCUCUUAGACCGAGUACAAACGCAAAGAGGAAGUGUAUCACAAAUGCAUGCAGACAAGCUUGCCUGUGAACCAGAGAAGAUUAGAUUAGAUUUGGACACACACACACACACACACAUAUGCUCUCGCCCUGUGUAAACUUUCCAAUGCUACACUCUGUGUCAUUCCUGUUGUCAUUCUAAUUUCAUCUGAGGAUCCCUGCAAAGGCUGUAUUGAACUCAAGUCAUGAGGCCGAGGCCGUGCUGAGAGCUUGUAUGUUACUGUGCAUGUGUGCAGCACAGAGAAGGUAAAUGGAGACGGAGAUGGUGUUAAAAAAAAAAAAAAAAAAAAAAAAAGAAAAAGCAGCACUGGAUAAGUUCACGUGUGUUCUUUGUGUACAUUGUGUGCUCUUAUGUGCCAUGUAUAACACUGUGCUGGUUUUAAAUUAAUCAGUGCACUGGGGUGUAUCAUCUAAGCCGCUGUAAUGUGUCGAUUCUUUUAUUCAAUUGCAGCAGUAAUCGUAGAGCUCCCCACUGGCCUCCCUUCAUCAACCCCCUGCCACAAAGCUAGCUUAACUUAGCCACAGAGACACACAGGAGGAAGGCAGAGAAAUGCUAAAAGAGAUGAGCCAUUUUGUGGAUCAAGAUUACACUUAAACAAGUGUAGCCGCGGCUAAAUCUCCUCAUUAUAUGGGUAUUAUGGUCAAGAUGGACCUUGUUUGCAGGAGCAGUCUGAUGUGGUUAGCUCCAGCUGCUUUAGGGAAUUACAGAGAUGAAGAUAGUUGUAGCAAAGAUUUAUGGAAUAAUCCUCCAGUCACAUGUAUUGGAGGUAAAGAGAUUAUUGCUUUUUGCUUUUUGCACAGCAAACGUCAGCACCAAGGACAGCAGCAACAUUCAUUCACCACCGAACGGUUUCCACUUGAGACUUAUUGCUCUUUUUUCAGUAUAAAUGGAGUUUCUCUGCCUUUUUUUUCCUGAGGUCAGUGACCCCAACUUAUUCUAAUUGCAGACCAUUUAGUUCACAUCAUUUCCUCUAAUUUAUUCAAUAUAUUAAUCUCGGUGUGAGUAUUCUCACAAGACAUCUUUAAAAACAGGUCUGUAGCUGUGUUUGACUUCAUUAAUGUGUAGACAGAUUAUAAAACACUUACAUUAACAGCUUUUUGGUGUCAGGUCCCCAUUGAUAAACAUGAAAAAUCAUUCAUAACGCCUCCUAAAUUUCUUGCUUUCUGCGCUGUCUCGAUUUUUGCAGUUUUCAUCAGUUAAAGUAUGUAGCUUUUAAAUCUUGAUGAUUUUUUGAUGAGGGAUUUUACAGUAACUCAAUUCUGCAGUUGUUAAUGUAAAUGCAACGAAGCCCUUCAGCCAAGAGGUCAGAGGUUAAAUGAAUCGGUCCUAAAGACAAAAAGUGUCCUGUUGUAAGAGAAUAAGCAGUAAAUCCAGCAAAUCCCACAUUUCUUUAAGUGUGGCUGCGUCAGUAGAUAACUUACACCAUUGAAACCCUUUUUUAUGGUUGUGUGUGUUUACAUUUCAGUGCAUCUGCUUCAGUAUGUGCAGCCUGUUUUUACUUAAGGAUUGAAGCACUUAGUACAUUUUGCUACUACAGCUGCUACAGUCAUUGUUUUAUGUACUGUUUACUUUGCUACUUUAAUAUUAACUUCAUGGGGGAAACAAAAGAGCAGCACUUUGAAUAAAUGCUGCAAUGAAGCUGUUCAAAUCAGACUAGUUGGUGGAACUGGGCAGGGAGUAAGAUUAGGACAGAUUAUUUCAAAUAAAAAAAAUUUUGUCUGAUUUUGAAGCUGAUUUUAGAUUCUAGAUUUCUAUUUUGGAUUUUUGAGGAGAUUUUCCCCUCUCAAUUUGGUUCCGUUCAGUUCCCAGAACUAACAAAGCCUCUUGGAUGAGGCUUAAAAUGUAAAAUCUGUUAAGUAAUAUAACACCCAAAGCCAACACACGCAAUCAUAUAGUGUUUAUAUAGAGUGAGAAAAAGCUUUAUUAAUUGUUAAGUCAUUUACUGAUGAUUUACAUCCGUUUUCAGCCAUACUGGUCUUCUUUUUCAGAUUCUUGAAGAUGUUUCAUCUCUCAUCUGAGAACUUAAGAUACCACUAGUUCAGUUACUUUUUUACUGAAGUUGCUUUUAAAGCUGGUAUAAUUAAAUUGACCUGGAGGGCUGAGAAUCUUCACAGACACUUCAGAUUGCCUUUUUCCUCAACCGGUAAGUUUUCCUGUCAGAAUACCCCAAAACUUGCAUGGGGUUUUGGUGCACAGGGUUGUGACAGGUUGCCAUCACUCUCUCAUCCUAGUGAAACUUGCUGGAGAAAGUAGGGAGGCAUCUUUUUUUUUUUCAAAGUUUAGAAAGACAUCAAGGUUUUGGGUGUAAUUUUGUAAAAAUCACUUCCACAGAGGUGCUCACCACAGCUCAGACCAGUUUUACGCUUUCAUCCCCCUUCUCCCAUCAACAUCACCUUCCCUUUCCACCCUCCCAGCAAAGUGAUAUCACACCGCUGACACUGUUGCUCCCCCCUUAGGUUGCGGUUCUCACCACCCCCCGCCCCACCGGGACCUGGCGGCGGUGACGACGGGUGCCAAACCGACCCCCCCCCCCUUAACGCGAGCCUCGCCGGGGACGCAUCCAAGCCGAGCGAUGACACUCAGCCUCCGGACCGCCGCCGCCUCGUCUCAUCCAGCGCUGCGCAGAGGAAGAGGAGGAGUAGGAGGAAGAGGAGGAGGAGGAUGCCAUGAGAUUCCCUGCAGGCCCUCACUGCUGGCACCUGGCUGCGAGUGAACCGGGGGGACAGAGGGGAUAACCGACGGCGGAGGAUGACGCCACGGUUCCGGCUGUAGAGGGGGGGAGCUCCGGGCGCCUUUAAUGACCGGUGCUGGAGAGGAGAUCACCGGACUUCAUUGUGUAUUGUGGAGCUGGAGCGACCGCAGUUCUAACAAAAAGAAGAAGAGGAGGAAAAAAAAAAAGAAUCGAGUCUCUCUAACAGGUUGCAGAGAUUUUCAAAAGGAGGGGUUUUGCAGCAGGAUGCCAUCCCCCAGACGGUGACUGCUACAGGAGCUCCAGUGAGAGGUGGUUUUGACAGUAACACUCCACAGACCUGUCAUGGUUUCCUCCCUUCUUCUCACACUCUUCCAUCUCUGCAUCUCCUGCUGUCUUUUAAUGCAUUAUAGAAACCUUUUUUGGAUGGUUUGAUGGAGAGCUGGUCGGAUGUCAGCGGGAACUAUUGUUAUAACCGGAGGAAUUCUCGCCGGAGUGAUACUGCUGUGCAUUGUAGCAGUUCUCUGUUACUGUAGACUCCAGUAUUACUGCUGUAAGAAAAAUGACUCUGAGGUGGACGUGGGCUCCGUGGUGGGACCAGACCCUCUCUCCCACUUCCCCUGCAACGCCUGCAAUGCCCUGGCCAUGGACGGCGCCGCCAUCACCCCCGUCUCUCUGGAUCAGCUGGAUUCGGGUUCCCACCACAACCACUGCCCCAGCUGUUCCCCUUAUCCCGUCCGCUCCGGACUCACCGACGACAUGCGUAACGGAGGGGAGCGCCUGGGCUUCCACACCUACUACGAGAACCCGUCCGUCUCCCUUCCCCUGUCCGUCACGCCGCAGGGCUCCUCACCUCUGAGUUACUACAACCCCUCGGACAUGUUUCCUCCCCCGCCUCGCCCCUACAGCACCCAGGUCUGACCUCUGCUGCACGGUAAACACACCCAUGUAAACGCCAUCCAGCACAUUCCCCUUUGGCUCCAGACUAAAUUCAGGUAUUAGGAUACAGCACAAUUACACAUACGCUCACAUUACUGCACAUGUCACAGAUUUACCCAGACUUAUUCAUCCAGGGAACUGACCCAUAAGCUGAGCCCACUGAUGGAGCCCCUGUGUGGGCAACACAUCCAUGCAGCAGCCCUCUGGGAGCUGCAGCAUGAACAGCAUUGGAUCAGCAGGGAAAUGCUGCAUACCUCAAGUACAACCUCAACUUCUGUCACACAGGGCCACGUCACAGGGGGUGCUAAUGUGUUUUGUUUUGGGGUUUUUUGUAACUGGAUCAUAUUUGUGAUCCAGUAUGAGUUUAGUUGUCAGCACGUCUGGAUAAAUGCAGUCAUUCAAGCCACAUCUGAAAUUAGUCAGGGACAAAUGUGGCAACGCAUGUAGUACAGUGACCAACUGAAAAACUGCUCCUGUGUAGGUGGUAUGAAUUCUCAUAGUCCAUGUUAUUGAUCAUUUCCUGGUUAAAAAAUAUAAAUUCAGAGUAUAUAAUAUCUCUAUUUUUUCCCAUUAUGAAAGCAUAUUUUAAUCCAACAAUAUUUAGUUUUCCAAAUAAUUACAAAUAUUCUAAAUAUUAAUAGUAAUUUCCAAAAUAUUUCCUGAUAAGUUUUGUGCAUGUUGUUAUGUAAUUUAGAAGAAAAAAAGACACUGGAAUUUCCUGAAUGAGUUGCUCAUAAGUGUAAUUCAGAACAGUUUCUGUUUCCCUAAAGCACUGAAUUAUAAAGAAAUUUGAAGGGAAAUUAGUAUACAAUGAUCUGUAAAUGCCAUUCCUGCCAUAAUCAUACCUCCUAACAUUCACAGAUGAACUUUAAUACAUUAAAAUGUUUCAAAACAGCAUUUCAACAUGACUUACAAAACCUCAGUUAUACUGAAUUAGACAAGCAAGGCACUAAAAAAAAAACUCUGCUUGCCUUCUGAAAAUACCCGUUUGAAAUAAAAACUACAUUUUCCCUGGAAGCAAAACAAUGUCUUGAUCACUGAUUAGUUAUUAGUGGUUUUGGAGAGUAUAAAUCCGAAAGCACAACUGGACACUUUUAUGCAUUUUUCAGCCAACUGAAAUAAGGUUAUGAGUAGCCACGGAAAUCCCUUCUUCUUAGCUGUAAAGCCAAGGAAAUUUUUGGUAUCGAUUAAAGUUUUCUACUCUAGAAAAUCUAAAUAUUAGAAUAUCAGCUCACAGUUGAGACAGAUGGGGUUUAGCAGUCACCUUGGUCUCCACAGUUUGUGCACAUCUGGUGUUAAAAUCCAAGAAUUCUACAAGGACCACCACCCAAAUCACAGCUUCUUUAGCUUCUGUUACUCUUCCCCGCCAUUUUCUGGUGAAAGGAUCAAAUGUGAAUCUCUCCACCUCCGUCCCCUUCAGCUUCCAGUACAUGAGGGCUAACAGGUUUUCCUUUAGGAGUACUUGUUUUCCAACUGUAGAAACUACAAACGGAGCUCCGUCCAGAGGAAAUACACAAAGGACUGCGAGUUUUUAAGCUAUUUUGUGUAUCUUGUAGUUACAUUAAGGAGUCUAGUUUGCUUGUGUUCUCACCUCUGGAUAACGAAACUAGACCACUACAUGGAGGUUUUCUCUGCUGUGUCUUCCAUAUAAGUUGAUGUAUUUAACUUUUUCAUGUUUACAGAGUGGUAAAAAGCAGGUUUUAGAGAGGCAGAAACAAAAUAUUCCAAUCAUGUACCAUAUUUUCUUGAUCUUGAAGCUUCAGUUUUGUAUCAAUAAGCUAUCUGCUACAGUAUAGUAAUAAGAUGCAGUGUCAUUACACAAUGUAAGCCUGAAUCUAUAUAUUUUUUAAGGAGUAUUGUAGUUUUUGUGAGGAAUGUCAGGGUUUAGGUGUAUUUUAGCGAAUUAGAUUUUUUUUUUUCAUCUUAGAUUCUUUGUGAUGAUGCAACACAGGAACACACUGAGAAGAGACUGGGAAUGUACACGUGGAAAUGGAAAUUUCACUUCAAAAAUGCCCAUGAAUUGUGUGAAAAGUGUGGAAAAUUGUAAAAAAAAAAAAAAAAAGUACAAUGAUAGUGACUAUUACCGAUCAAAGACUUUUAUUUCAAAGACAUAUAGAGGAUAUUUAUUCAGUAUAUUAUCAGAUCACAUUGCUUUGACUUCAUCACAUUUCCCGACUUUUUUUUACCUCACAGCCUCUUGUUGUACAGAAAUGCUAUGUUAUAUGUGUAAAACUGCUCUUUUUUUUUUGGUUUAUUUGAUGUCCACUUGGCGUUGGUGUUCACUGGUAAAGGAAGCUAAGUUUUCGUGCUCACUGGUUUGUUGCACCACAUAAAGCACCACUGCUGUAUCAGAACUGAAAAGUUUUUAUUUUUAGGUUCCUGAUUGUUAAAAAUUGGUAUUUUUCAGAUUUUACUGCAUUGAUAGUUUUGAUAUACCCUGAUACAGUGAGAAAAAUCCACCAUGUUUCACAAAAUGUUCCUUUUUUUUUGAGGAGGAAUAAAUGUUUGUAUAUCUGCCUGGA